AAUUUUACAUCACAUCCUAAAAGUAAAAAACACAAUGAAGAAGGAACCAAACACAAUAUAUAAAGAAAGAACCAAACCACACAUGAUAAAUGCUCCCAUCUACAUCCCCCCUUCCCUUGAUAAAACUUCAUUGCACUUAGUUUUUUCAAUCACUCUUCUCUUCUUCACAGAGGCAAAAUGGCAGCUCUCUCCCAGUUCCUAUCCCACCUCUACACCAUGACCAUUCUCUUCUUCACUAUCCUCCUCCUCGAGCUCGUCAUCUUCCUCCGCUCCGUCGCCGGCAGCCUCUGCAAUUCCAAGGACCGGCCCACGACCGCCGCCCGCCUCCUCGACCUCAUCGAAGAGAAGAAUCCGGCCAGCCGCUACCGAAGAGCUCUCUGGAUGGAGCAGCUGGAAUGCACGGUUUGUCUGUCCGUGCUCGAGGAAGGGGAGGAGAUCAGGAAGCUCAAGUGUAACCACACGUUCCACAAGGCUUGUCUGGACACGUGGCUGCAGCUGGACAGGGACACGUGCCCGCUCUGCCGGAGGAAGGUCUUGCCGGAGGAGGCCGUGAUCAGAUACCUGCAGCGGCCAGACCACCAUGAUCAGUACGAGGGAAUCGAUGAGGAGCUCAUCUUCUUGCUCUCUGUAUUACACGGUAAUAAUCUGUAUGGUCUAUUGUAAUUUAAUUUGCAAUACAUCCGUAGUUGUCCUUUUCCCCCCUAUUUUUUCUGUAGAGUAACUGUAAAUAAUUAAUUAGAUACAAUAUGAUGGGCGUAGUAAAGUUUUCUGCUGUUCCAACUGUACUGAGUACAAUAAGUUCCCAUCGAACAGUUACCAUAUUUUUUUGCAAGUACUGCAAAAUGGGUUCUUUCAAUCAUCUCCAUUUUACGAAGCAGGGGGUUUCGUACGUUAAUGUGUACUGUACUUCAGUCUCUUCUUGCCGUUAAAAUUGCUGUGUCGGUUGGAUUUGGAUAUUCAAACAAUAUCUCUAAUCAAAGCUAUCCAUGAAGAUGAACACCCACCCAUUUCAAAGGAUUUUUUACUUUAUUUUUCUCAAAUCAUGCUUCAUGAUUGUAGCAAUGCCUAAUUAAUCUGGGGUGGAUUAGGCAGAGCUAUCUAUGAAAGUUUCAAUGUCGGUAGGUGGAGAAGUUGGAAAUUUUGAUCCAGGUGACGUAGCUAUGAAAGAUGUAGAUUUUGAAUGGUCAUUUCACGUCAAACCCUAAUCAAAAUUUCUCUUUUCUUU